GCAAAAGACCUUCCACCUGGAAACAUCGACAGGGGUUGGUUCGUACAAUGUUUUAUCUUGUUUUGGUCCCAUCGGACGACCGUAAAUCGCGUUUUUUUUCGAGGAUUAUCAACAUCGACUUGGGGGACUCGGGAUUAAUGGCCAGAUGGGUGUACCGGCGAAUCCAGAAUGUAAUUGUUUGGUACGCACGUUUUUGCGCAUUCGAUAAGACCCCGCCGUUAGAAGUCACCACAUCGAUAAAAGGAGCAAUUAAGGUGACUAUGGGGGGGCCUUUUUGGGCGAAUGGGGAUAAUCUUCGUCAUUUUUAAUGUAAAAUCCCGAGGCGGAUGACGUAGAAUGACGUUGUAGCUUGGCAGCAAAAUUAUUUGUUUUUUUUUUUUUUGUUAAUUUACAGCAGAAAUUCAGCAAACAUACAGAGCUCUCUAGCGGUGUCUUAUCAAGAGUUAAUAAAAUCAUCGCCGUCAUGGAGAUUUGGGCUAGUGAUGGGUAAAGUUGGCAAAAAUCCGGAAUCGAUUCUGAUCCGACUCCAAUAAUGUAGGAACCGACUCCGAAAGGUAGGCCCGCUCUGCAUUAUACGGAGUUGUUCGGUAUUGUCCGGAAUCGCCCGGAGUCAUCAGGAGUCGUUCUGAACCGGAGUCAUCUGGAGACAUUCGGAGUCGUUCGGAGUUGGAGUCAUCGGGAGUCGUUCGGAGUCGCCUGAAGUUGUCCGGAAUACACGGAGUACACAAACACAACGUUAUGAAAUGACUGAUCACAAUCACAUUGAACCGGACGGCUCCUGUUGACUCCGAACGACUCCCAUUCCGGUCGACACCGAUCGACUCUGGACGACUCCGAAUGACUCCGACACCUGUGGCAUCCAGACGACUCUGACUCAAAACGACUCCGGACGACUCUGAUCGACUCUGGACGACUCCGAACCCGGUGGAAUCAGGACGAUUUCGACUCCGAACGUCUCCGGACGAUUCCGACUCCCGAUGGAACUAGUGGUUCGGAUUUUGCCGGAGUCGGAAUCGGACUAACAAUAGUCGCAGUCGGAUUGGAGUCGCGGGUGCGAUCCAAAGAGCACAACACUAAUGUGGGAUAAAUCGACAAGCCAAUCUUAUCACAGUGGCAACACACAAGCUCCAAUUCCAAAAGUCCCCCAAAAACAUAGCGACCUUAGUAGCAGAUAUUUUACCGAAAUGUCUACACAGAACAAACCACGCGCCCUUGGCAUUGUCCUAGCGUUUCUCAGCGUCCUGACGCUCACCCUUCUUCCACCCGUCAGUUCGCAGAGUGACCCCACGCGGCCCAUCAUCGACAGUCCGGCCGGGCAGGUGCAGGGCACAACGGAGUCCUGCGGUCUGUUCUGCACCUACUAUUCCUUCAAGGGCAUUCCGUACGCAGAGCCACCGGUCGGCUCGUUGCGCUUCCGCAAUCCGGUCCCACGAGCAAUGUGGACCGGCGUCCGGGACGGUAGCAACCAUGGGUCCGAGUGUCUGCAGGUGUCCGUCGUUCCCGGGCAGGUGCGGGGCGGUGAGGACUGUCUCUACCUCAACAUCUACACCCAGCAGCUCGUGGGCCUGCGUCCGGUGAUGGUGUGGAUUCACGGCGGUGGUUACAGCAUCAACUCGGGCAACAGUGUUGACUUUGGGCCGGAAAAGCUGGUCCAAGACAAUGUGCUGCUGGUGACGCUCAACUAUCGGCUCGGUGCGUUGGGCUUCCUGAGUACGGGCGAUCGGUACGCGGCCGGCAACUGGGGACUGAAGGAUUGUCUGCAGGCCCUCCGCUGGGUACGGUCCAACAUUGCCGCCUUUGGUGGUGAUCCGGACAGUGUAACGAUCUUUGGAAAUUCGGCCGGCGCUGCCCUGGUGCAUCUGCUCGUACUGACCGACGCUGGCGCCGGGUUGUUCCACCGGGCGAUUGCACAGAGCAGUACCGCGCUCGUACCGUACGCCUUCCAGACAAGGCCACGCUUCUAUGCCGAUCGUAUUGCGUCGGCGCUCGGGUUCGGCACGGACAGCAGCACGUACGUCGAGCGGCUGCGAACCGUUCCGGCGGAACAGUUCGUUCCCUUCCAGGAGGCUACAGUUACCAUCCCGGUGCCACGGUUUCUUCGUCCGCUUGACUUUGGACCCGUCGUUGAGCCGGGUGACGCACCGGACGAGGUCAUCGUACGGCAGCGCCCGAUCGAGCUGAUCCGAACCCGGGCCCAUCGCGUUCCGUUCCUCGUGGGGUACACCGAUCUGGAGGGUGCCUUCUUCACUGCGCUGGACAAUGCGAUCGAUCCCACGGUGAAAGGACAGUUCAAUGCGAAUCCUCAUCUGUUCGUGCCGUUCUUCUGGAAUGUUGGCGCUGGUACUGCCGCCUCGAGUCAGAUCAGCGGCGCGUUUCGCGAGCACUACUGGCAGAGCCGACCGUUGGACGCCAGCCUGGACUACGAGUGGACGGUGUACCAGUCCGACCACAUGUUUGCGUUUGCCAUCGAUCAGACGGUCAGGCUGCACGCGCAAACGACGCCCGCUCCGCUGUACUACUACCAGUUCGCGUACGACGGGGAUUUGAAUCUAUACAAGAAGCUGUUCGGCGUGCAGCACCCGGGUGCGAUACAUACGGACGAGCUGCCGUACCUGUUCCACAUACCGGCGGCAAUGCUGGUGCCGGUGUCGCCCGACAGCCACGCGAAUACCGUGAGCAGCCGUGUCGUUCGGAUGUGGACCAACUUUGCCAAAACGGGCAAUCCUACCCCUGGGCAGGACGCCUUGCUACAGAACGUGCAGUGGCCAACGGUCGGAGCGACGGGCACUGGGUACCUGUCGAUUGGGCACGAUUUGCUACCGGUCCAGCAAACGCCAAACCCAACUCGCAUGAACCUGUGGUACAAUCUGCAGCAAACCUACGCAAAUGCACCCUUUGAAAUAUGAUUAAAAUGACUGUGGCGGUGUGGACUUACAUGCACGUUCGGGUGAAUAAACUAAUUAGCGAGCAUUUCGAUCGUUUCGUACAAUGUUCUUUAUACUUUGCGUAACGGGGCACGACUUUGAGUCGGCUUUGAAAUCUCUCACAAUCGCUCUCUCAGUAGCCCUGUGAUGUUUGCAUUUGGCUCCUCUGCCUUACGUUAAACGUACUUUCCCUAUCGGAAUGUCAUCUACUUGGCAGCCUUCUGGUCGACGGG